CACUUCAUCACGCCAAAAAAGCAAAAAGAAAGGGGAAAUAAAGUAUAAAUAGAUAAAUAAUAAUAAAUAAAUAAAUAAACAAUGAAUAAAUAAAAUACUGUAAUACAUAAUCAAAGGGAAAGUUCAAAGUCUUUUUCGUCUUCCUCGCUUUUCCUCUCUGUGGUUCACCUCUCAAAAAACCCAAAUUAUUCUCAUCAAUUUACUCUUUGAUCCUCCAUAUUAAUUGAAUUUCUUUGAGAUGGAGGAGGGAAAGACGUCUGAGGGUGCUUUGACUUCAGCUGCGGCAUUUGUGGAAGGUGGAAUUCAGGAUGCAUGUGAUGAUGCUUGCAGCAUAUGCCUUGAAGAAUUUUCUGACAGCGAUCCUUCUACAGUGACAGGCUGCAAGCAUGAGUUCCAUCUUCAAUGUGUUCUUGAAUGGUGUCAGAGAAGCUCCCAGUGCCCCAUGUGUUGGCAGCCUCUCAGCUUGAAAGACCCUAACAGCCAGGAAUUGUUGGAUGCAGUAGAGCACGAAAGAAAUAUCAGGAUGAAUCCUCCUAGAAACACCGCAAUUUUUCACCAUCCAACUUUAGGGGAUUUUGAAUUGCAGCAUUUACCUGUAAGUGCAACUGAUUCUGAUCUUGAAGAGCGUAUCAUUCAGCACUUGGCUGCGGCCGCUGCCAUGGGAAGGGCACGCAACCUUGCUAGAAGAGAAGGGCAGCGAGGUAGGUCAUCAGCGCACGGUCGUCCCCACUUUCUGGUGUUUUCAACUAAUCCAAAUGCUCCUCCUCCUCCUCCUGCUGCUGCUGCUGCUACUGCUGCUGCUACUUCAUCUUCUACUCAGAGGAGUGGGGAGGAACUCAUUCCUGAAGUCUCGGUUUCUGGUCAGGAUUUUCCAAUUAUUGCUGUUGGAGAAGGUUCUGGACAACUACCUAGUCAACCAUCUCCUUAUCAAGCUGAUGAGUUUUCUGCCUCUGAGUCAGGAUCAAGUUCUCCUGUUAAUCAACCUGGGACUUCGUCAAACAAUCGGAGAAUUCCUGUUCAAUCUUCUCCUAGCAAUCAAGACAGAGCUGGACCAUCAGAUUUUCAGUCCUUUUCAGAAUCUAUAAAGUCUCGACUUAGUGCAAUGUCAAUGAGAUGCAAAGAAUCUUUAACCAAGAGUUCAAGGGGUUGGAAGGAGAAAUUUUUUUCUCGCAACAGUUCAACAUCAGACAACAUUCCUGAAUCUAGGAAUGAAGUCAGUGCAGGUGCAGCGGUUUCCACUGUAUCACACACAUUGGAACAUCUGGAAGCUACAGAUAACAGAAUCAGUUCUGCUGAAUCAAAUGUAUUGGAGGGUAACUUACCUGUCGGACAUGCUGAGCAGCAUAUACCUGAUACUGAUGAUACCCAUUCUCUAAAUGAGGAUAAUGAGGAUAAUAGGCAAACCCCAUGUGCUGCAAGCUCCGGUUCAAACUAACUUUUAGAUGAGUCAAAGAUCUUCUCUUAAAAGGUGCAUACUCUUGCCAGCAUCAAUGUUAUAUGGUGUGCAUCUUAUUGGAUAUGUGGUGAAACACUUAUCUGUCAAAGUGCAAGACUGAAUGUAGCAUGCUUCAAUAAGAUAGGAGGGAUGGAUGUCAUCAUUUUGUCCAAGAUCGGUGUAAAUUGACCCAUUCUGGGUAGUAGUACUGGUGAAUACAGGUGUUCUCUUUAAUCCGAUCACCAAGGUUUUCUUGGGAUCCAGUAGCACCGUGUUCCUUUUUGCAGACCUCAAUUUUGAGUAAACUGUGAAUGUAUAUAUUGAUUAAAUUUUCAAGGUGCCAUCAAUAAUGUUUAGUUGUAUGAUUUAUGAUUA